AUGGUAGCUCAGUUAGAGGAUGAUGACCUUAAUAAAUUACCUUCAAAACAAAAGUACGCUAAUUUCAAUAAUCCUGAUGUACGUUGUAACGAUGCAUCUUUUUACAAAUAUGUGGAGUCUGGUCUAAAUAAAGAGAAAUGGCAGAAGGAUGUUUCUGAGCAAAUACUUAAUUCCUUAUGUUAUAUAUAUAAAAAAUAUAAAAGUGAGAACUUUAAUAGUGAUGAUUGUGAUUACCUAUACUAUUGGUUAAAUUAUAUAAUAUAUUCUAAUAUAACAUAUCAAUUACAUUCUAUACGUGUUAUAACAAUACUUGAUUUUUUACUUCAAAAUAAUGAUGGUCGGAAUAUAUGUCAUGAUAAUAAAUUUAAUGUCAAUAAAGAAAAUUAUAGGGAUAUUAAGCUGUUAUUUGAUUUUUCGAGGGAUUAUGAUACGCUUAAAAAUUAUUUUAAUAAUGGUUAUAGGUUUUGUAAUAGCGAUUUUCAGAAAUAUGUAAAUGAAUAUAUCAUAACGUUUAACACGUUCAAUCGCGACUGUAAAAAACAAAAGAGUAGCGAAGAGACUUGUAUUGCGUUUAAUGAAUAUUUUAAAGAUAAGAAAGAUCAGGACUUAAGUGAAUGGAAAUGCAAUGUAGGAGUAAGUACAGAUAGGUUGAUAUCAACAGAAGGAAAUCAUGAAAAUCAGGAAGAACUUAGUGAACCUGAUAUAGUUCAUCACGGAGAGGAAAAGAAAAAGUUACAGCAAGAAACUCUUCGAACAGAGGAAGAGAGCGCUUUCACAGGCUCAAUUUUUAGAAAUUCUAAUGUCCAUAUUGGACAUUCAAAAUUGAGAUCCAAUAUUGAUAAUAAAAACAAUUCUUCAGCUUUUAAAGUUUCAAAGGCUAUGACGAUUGGAUCAUUAGUUAUAGGAAUUACAGUUUUUUCUAUUUUUUUUUAUAAU